CGCGCAAGCCCAGCUGCACGCUCACCUGGCGCCCGCUGCUCACCUGGCGCCGAGCGCGCCCCCGGCCUCCCGGCUCCUCCCACGGCCGCCGCCCCGCGCCGCCGCCGGCCACCUGCGACCCGAGCCGCCGCGCGCCGCGGACGCACCGGAGGAGCCCCCUCGGCCUGCGCGCGCCAAGAGGACGGGGUUAAAAUGACCGGAGACCCGCAGGCCAAUCUCAGCGGCUUGCUCCGGGGUUACUUAGAUGCGGGUGCUCCUGUGGAGAACGCCUCCGCUGCCGUCUCCUCCCAGGUUCCCGCUGUGGAGCCAGAGCCGGAGCUCGUGGUGAACCCCUGGGACAUUGUCCUGUGUACCUCAGGAACUCUCAUCUCCUGUGAAAAUGCCAUCGUGGUCCUUAUCAUCUUCCACAACCCCAGCCUCCGAGCGCCCAUGUUCCUGCUGAUCGGCAGCCUGGCUCUGGCAGACCUGCUGGCCGGCGUCGGACUCAUCAUCAAUUUUGUGUUUGCCUACCUGCUUCAGUCGGAAGCCACCAGGCUGGUCACCAUUGGCCUCAUUGUCGCCUCUUUCUCUGCCUCUGUCUGCAGCUUGCUGGCCAUCACCGUGGACCGCUAUCUCUCCCUGUAUUACGCUCUGACAUACCAUUCGGAGAGGACAGUCACGUUUACCUAUGUCAUGCUUAUCAUGCUCUGGGGGACCUCCAUCUGCCUGGGACUGCUGCCCAUCCUGGGCUGGAACUGCCUCCGGGACGAGUCCACCUGCAGUGUGGUCAGACCUCUCACCAAGAACAACACGGCCAUCCUCUCCAUCUCCUUCCUCUUCAUGUUCGCGCUCAUGCUUCAGCUCUACAUCCAGAUCUGCAAGAUCGUCAUGAGGCACGCCCACCAGAUAGCCCUGCAGCACCACUUCCUGGCCACCUCGCACUAUGUGACCACCCGGAAAGGGGUCUCCACCCUGGCCAUCAUCCUGGGGACCUUUGCUGCUUGCUGGAUGCCUUUUACCCUCUAUUCCUUGAUAGCUGAUUACACCUAUCCCUCCAUCUACACCUACGCCACCCUCCUGCCCGCCACCUACAAUUCCAUCAUCAACCCUGUCAUAUACGCGUUCAGAAACCAAGAGAUCCAGAAAGCCCUCUGCCUCAUCUGCUGCGGCUGCAUCCCAUCCAGCCUCUCCCAGAGAACGCGGUCCCCCAGCGACGUGUAG